AUGGCUGGCCACCGGAUACGGGCCCUCCUCGUCCCGCUCGGCAUUUUGAUGAUCGCCAACUCGGCGACAGCCUGCAUUUGCCUGCCACAACUCUCCCUCCCGCCUCUACCACUUUUCGGCGGCUCCUCAUGCUGUCCGCCACCUCCAGCUCCGAGCUGCUGUGGAGGCGCUGCGCCGCCGCCAUGUGGAGGUCUUCUCGGCGGAGGCUGUGGUGGAGGUGCUGCUCCUCCUCCUCCUCCCCCACCUCCACUUCAAUCAUAUGGCCAACUAGGGGGCUACGUUCCGCCGCCACCACCGCCGAACCCGGUCCAAUUUCCGCAACAACCGCUGCUCUCCAAUAUGAAUCCGCUAUACGCCACGGGCGGCGGUGGAGGCGGUGGCUUCAACCAGGGCCCUACCCAGACAAUGGUCGCGUCGUCCCAGUUCGUCUCGCAGAAUCGUCCGGAAACGUCUGACCUCGGCUCGAACGGCUUCACCGGCACGGGGACGAACAACUACGGCAGCACGGGGCGCCAACCCGAGGUGGCCGACGGCGGCGACGAGUACGACGAUGUGGAUGAAGGAUCUACCCCGGGUACGGUAGCCGGAAAUGCCGGCCGAGAGGGCAUUGAUAAGGAGGUCUCCGAAUAUGAGGAUGUCGAGAGCGAGGUCGUCCAGCCGAUCGCUCCCAGCACUACCGGAGGCUCCUCUGCACAGGCCAAGCCACAGACUUCAGAGUACACCGAGAGCGUCCACACGCCUACAAAUGCGAUCAACCCUCCUACUGGGGAAACGGCAAAUUAUGGACAGCCCAAAUCAACUGCCGGGAAUACGGUAGACGACUACGGGGAUGAAGAGGAUCAGCUGGCGACUACGCAACGCCCCGCUCCCGCCGAGGUGCCCUACAGUAUCCCGUCAUCGCGCGAAAAUCAGCGACCGGCUGAGGAGGUGCCCUAUCAACUGCCGAGGGGAGGAAGCCAGGAGAUCCCGGAACUCAUCACUCCGUCUCCAUCCGGGUCCUACAACGGCCCCUCCUACAGUACCCCGGCUUCACCAGCUCCUGGAGGUGAUCAAGGAGAAGAUGGAUACAGCGAAGGCGACGAGAAGGAGGCCGAGCUCCCGAAUGCUCUCCAGUACAAGCCCACCCCAUCUACCGUACCCCAGCCAGGCGGCGGAAACUCGGAUUACGAAGAGCUCCCCGAUGCACCGGCUGAGGUCCCCGUUUCCGGCGGCUACAACGGAGGCCAACCCGCCCCGACCAUGAUCCCGCUACCGUACCACCCGGCCCCCACGGCUGCCCCGGUGCCCUACGGCGCCGGCCGAGAAAUUGGAGGUGUUCAGGAGGGUUACGGUAACGGAAAUUCCGGUAACUCCGGACCGGCUCAACCGGUUAUCACAUCCAAUUCCGGUAGUUACGGAAAUGGCCAAAGUACGGCCGGCCAAUCGAUUACGCCAUCAAAUUCCGGCAGCUACGGAAAUGGGCAAAACACUAAUUCAAACACUGGCUACCCCUCGGCCGGCCAACCGGUUACGACAGGAAAUUCCGGAAACUACGGAAGUGGCCAAAAUACGGGUUAUCCGUCCGCGGGCCAACCGGUUACGACAGGAAAUACCGGAAGUUACGGAAGUGGCCAAAAUACGGGAUAUCCGUCCACCGGACAAUCGGUUACGACAGGAAAUUCCGGAAGUUACGGUAGCACGCAAAAUACGGGAUAUCCGUCCGCCGGACAACCGAUUACGACAGGAAACUCCGGAAACUACGGAACUGGCCAAAUUACGGCUGGCCAAUCGCUUACCCCGUCAAAUUCCGGAGGCUAUCAGGUGUCGGGUGGAAACUCUGGAAAUGAGUACGCCGGGCAACCGAUUACGUCAGUAAAUUCCGGAAAUGGCCCGGCUACAAACUCGAAUACCGGCUACCCCUCGAGCCAACCAAUCACGACAUCAAAUUCCGGGUCUCAAGGCUAUGAAAAUGGCCAAAAUUCUGGAAAGCAACCGGAUGACGGUUUGGCCGGAAUUCUGACGGAUUAUGGUGAUUCCGGGGAGUACGGUACCCCGGGAGGCCACGCCCCCUUGGCCCCGCUGGCCCCUCCGAUGGCCCACGUGGGGCCGAUGGGCGUGCCGGCCGGGUAUCCGGCUCCGGUUGAUGCGGGAUACGAACCCCCGAGGUUGGCGUAUACCGAUGACCCUUAUGCAAAGUCGGUGACGGACGCCCCAGUGCAGCAACAGACUGUGGCGCUGCCUGGAGAGUUGCAGACGGAAGCCCCUCGACCGUCUACAGAAGACGCGUACGCAAAGAUUGUCACGGAGGCUACGACGACGCAAGGUUACGCGGAAACGCCCGCCCCCACUGAAGAUCCGUACGCCAAGAUCGUUACGGUCGCGUCAACGCCGUACGCUCACGUAGCCACCGCCGGGACUACGGCCCCACCCGCUCCGCUACCCGCCGAUCCGUACGCCGCCAUCGUCACCGAAGCCCCGCCCCCUCCCGCCGCUACGCAGGGCUACGUCGCCGAACGGCCGUCCGGCGAUCUGGCCAGCUCGGGAUACGAUCGGAAUGACAUGAUUCCGAUCGAAUACCCCAAGCCGGUUAAGGUGGACGCCAAUCUGGCGAAAGAGGCCGCGAAACUCGGCUACCGUAGGCGG